AUGUCCAUCGAGCAAAAGACGCGCUUCUUCCGCCAGCUCGUCAAGUGUGGUCUCAAGGAGAUUGAGAUUGCCUAUCCCGCUGCGAGCGAGACCGAUUUCGGCUUUGUGCGCGGACUGAUUGAGGGCGGAGAGGUUCCAGACGAUGUGUGGAUUCAGGUCCUUACGCCGGCGCGGGCCGACCUCAUCAAGCGUACUUUUGAAGCGGUGGCAGGCGCAAAAAACGUCAUAAUUCAUAUGUAUAACGCCACCGCUCCCCUCUUCCGAGAGGUCGUCUUCCGCAACUCGAAAGAACAGACGAUUGCCCUCGCGGUCGAUCACACUCGUUUGAUCCGACAGCUGGUAGAAGAGUAUGAACAAAAGUAUCAAACAAAUUUCCGAUACGAGUACAGUCCAGAGACCUUUACGCAAACUGAGCCCGACUUUGCCGUCGAGAUUUGCGACAGAGUCAGAGAGACUUGGGGAAGAGCCGGUACAGAAAAGAUGCAGCGUAUCAUAUUCAACCUACCGGCAACGGUCGAGAUUGCACCGCCAAAUCAUUACGCCGACCAGAUUGAAUACUUUUGUCGACACGUCGGCGAACGAGAAAAGAUUAUUGUCAGCUUGCAUCCUCACAAUGAUCGUGGUCAAGGCGUGGCAGCCGCAGAGCUCGGUCUGUUGGGCGGCGCUGACCGUAUCGAGGGUUGCCUGUUCGGCAAUGGCGAACGAACUGGCAAUGUUGACCUCGUGACGCUGGCCUUGAACCAGUAUACCCAAGGCAUCGACCCUGGUCUUGAUUUCUCGGACCUGCAAUCGGUCAUUGACACGAUUGUAUACUGCAACGACCUUCCUAUCCAUCCCCGACAUCCUUGGGCUGGUGAGCUCGUGUUCACCGCCUUUUCAGGAAGCCAUCAAGAUGCAAUCAAAAAGGGGUUCGAGGUGCAGAACCGCUUAUGGGCAGAGGCAGAAAAGACGGGAGGCAACAAGUAUUGGCAUAUGCCAUAUCUCCCCAUCGACCCAGCAGACUUGGGAUGCACAUAUGAAGCUGUCAUCCGAGUCAACUCGCAAAGCGGCAAGGGUGGCAUCGCGUACCUUGUCAAGCAAAGCCUGGAAUUCGACUUGCCGAGGAAGAUGCAAAUCGCGUUCUACUCCGUCAUUCAGGGCAUCGCAGAACGAACUGGAAAGGAGAUGCGUGUGGAGGACAUUGUGCAGGCCUUUUGCACGACGUAUUUUUACCGUGCUCCCGGAGUAUCGUUCCCAGUCGCUGGUGGUCUGGCUGGUGCUUUGGACAUGGGACGCUUGGAGCUCAAGAGCUUCCGGUUCUAUCAUGGAUCGAAUGCGGAACCGAUGGAGCUCCCACGAGCUGGACAAGUCUUGGACGAGCAUCGAAGAAUUAUCGCCAAAGUGGCGGUCGAUGGCCAAGUUCGUCUCCUCCGAGGCGAAGGAAACGGACCCCUAUCUGCACUCUUGGACGCACUGCGCGCGAAUCUCAACCUCGACUUUAGCAUUCGCGAGUACUCGGAACAUUCCAUCGGAGAAGGCACCCGUUCGCAGGCUGCUUCGUACGUCCAGCUUGUCGAGCAGCUCCCUGGGCAGACGAGUGGCGAGGGACAGACGUAUUGGGGAGUCGGCGUCGACAGCGACAUUGCGGGCAGCGGUCUCAAGGCAGUUCUCAGCGCCGUCAACGGAGCUCUCCGUGCUAAUCAACGAAAGCUACCGGAGGACAAGAAGGGCAUCCUGUACGAUGCGCGCAUCAGCACUGGCGUUGCCGACGUUGCAAAGGACUUGCAAGCCAGCUUGGGUUACGAGGUACCCAGGAGGAUGCAGCGACCCGUGUACGAACUUCUCCAAAGCGUCGCAGAAACCGAAGGAGAACUUGAUGCUACGCGUGUUGGAGAGAUAUUUGAUGCUGCCUUUAUUCGACACGAUUUCAAGCCACGGCCAGCGUAUGCGUUCCCCGAUGGCUCGGCAUCGCGGGUUAAUGGAACUGGCGAGAGAGAGGCGUCUGUCAAAAUGUUCCUCAAGACGUUCAACCUCAAGGCGUUGGAACAGGGCGCGCGCGAGUUUAGCGGCACAAUCCUCUUCACCACUUCAUCCUCCUCCGAUGGGGAGGCCCGUACAGUUCAAGGAAGAGGAAAUGGACCCCUCUCAGCUCUCUUGGCUGGUCUGCAUGAGCAUGUCGCGCAACGAAUGGCUAUUCGUGACUUUCACGGUCACUCCCUGGGCCAAGGCUCCGAGGUCAUGGCGGCGAGCUAUGUUGAGCUCGUGUUGGAGAAUAUCAAUGACGAGCCUGUCCGCGAGCUGCAGAUUGGUUCCUUGACAAAUUUCCACGUCGGUUCGUGGCAGAAGCGGUUGGCGGCGGAUGAAGAGCGAGAGGCGCAGGAAGGGAAAACGCCAAAGACGACGAGCUCAUGGGGUGUAGCAAAGGAUGUGGAUAUUACCGCGUCUGGGUUGCAGGCCGUCUUGAAUGCGGCUAAUGGGUUGGGACUCACUUUGGUGUGA